UUGGCCCACAUCUCUAGUUCUCCAAUUAUUUGCAAAUUUUUGUACAACAACGCGCCAAUGGCGCUGCAUUCACAUAGUUUCUAACUCACAUCAGUUUGCAAAAAAAAAGAGAUCAUUUGAAGUGUUUGGGCAGCAAAAUGAGCGACACGAACGCCACAACAACUGACGCCGAGGGCGAGGAGGUUAAUACACUCGAGCAAUCGACAAUAACCAUGGUCGACGUGCUCGAGCAGGAGAAGGAAAUGGAGGACGAGUACGCCGCGGUGUUGGGCGCCUCCGAUGAAAAGGCCUGCACCUAUGCCAAGGGUCCCAUUCAGCGGCAGGCCUUGUACUCCUGCCUCACCUGCUGCCCCGAGGCUCGCACGGAUCUGGCCAAGUGCGCUGGCGUCUGCCUGGCCUGCUCCUAUCGCUGCCACGAAAACCACGAACUGGUGGAGCUCUACACCAAGCGGAACUUCCGCUGCGACUGUCCGACACUGCGGCUGGGCGCAGUCAAGCGCUGCUGCCUCAAUCCUCAGCUGGAGGGACCCCAGCCGUCGAACGAUGGAAAUCUUUACAACCAGAAUUUCCAAGGAUUGUACUGCCAGUGCAAGCGUCCGUAUCCGGAUCCAGAGCGCACCACCGAGGAGGUGAUGCUGCAGUGCGCAGUCUGCGAGGACUGGUACCAUUUGCCACACAUGAAGGCCCCCGGGGCAUCUGAGAAGAUGCUCGAUUCGUGCAGCGAAAUGAUUUGCGACACUUGCAUGGACAAGAAUCAGUUCCUGCGCGACUACACUGGCCUGGCACUACAGGCAGUCGAAGCCGAAGAGUCCAAAGCAGAUUUAAAAGCGGAUAAAGUCCAGGUCGACGCCGAAGCUGAUUCAAAGCCUGAGCAGACAGAGGAGCCCGCUAGCAAGCGUCUCAAGCUCUCAACUGGGGAUUGUCGUCGCCCAAAUCCGACAAAGAAACACCAGGGUGCCGCCUUCUGGACCAACGACUGGCGCAAAUCGCUUUGCAAGUGCACCGAGUGCCUGGCCCUCUUCAAAGAGUUUGCCGUGGAGUUCCUAUUGGAUGCCGAUGAUUCGGCCAAGGCAUACGAGGAUCGCGGCAUGAAACGGGCCGAGGAGAACUCCAGCUACGAGCAGGGCAUGCGGGCCUUGUCCUCGAUUGACCGCACCCAGCAGAUCGAUGCGAUUACCGAAUACAAUCGCAUGACCGAUAAGCUGAAGGAUUACCUAAAGGGUUUUGCCUUGAGAGACAAGGUCGUCACCCCAGAGGACAUUAAUGUUUUCUUUACUCGAAUGCGCGAUGAGAACAAGCCCAGUGUCGGUCAGCCGCAUUUCUGUCGCUAAAUUGGUGUCCGGUUCUAUUGCCAGAUAAAGACAGAUAUAUUUAAGCUAUAUAGAUCAGUUUUAGUAUUACCACACAUUCCCCAAUACAUCAUCCGUGUAACAUCAUAAAUUACAGUUUAUUUCACAUAUUA